AAGCAGUGGUUGCUAAAAGACAAGAUGUGGAAAACCCUAAUCUUUUAGUCUUAGCCCGGACAUUAGAGGAACACUUGUUAACCAAUGGUGAAAAGAGUGAAAAAUCUCGGGGUAUCAUAUUUGUGCGAAAACGAGCCUUGGCAGAGGCUGUUGUAUCCUGGAUAAAAAGAGGUGAAAUGAAAUUCCUGAAUCCUUAAGUGUUCACUGGAACCAAUGCUAGUGAGGAGCAAGGAGGAAUGUCUCAGCUACAACAGCAAAAUGCUAUUGAAAAGUUUGCAAGUGGUGAGGUUAGACUGUUGGUAGCAACUUCUGUUGCUGAGGAAGGUCUUGACAUCCCUGAAUGUAACCUAGUCAUAAAGUAUAACCAUGUUGGCAAUGAAGUUACUACUGUGCAGACAAGAGGGAGAAGUAGAAAACAAGGUGGUGUCUCUGUCCUUUUAGCUACACAAAUUAUUCUGAACAGAGAGAAAAAUAACCAAGAAAGGAUGAAGUUAAUGAACAAAGCAAUUAAAGCUAUUGCUGAAAUGAAAGAAUCUGACAUCAUUGAAUACAUCAAUACUUAUCAGUUAAAAGUCAUUAAAGAGUCAGAGAUUGAAAAAGAACUUAAGAAAAAAAGGAAAGUUGAAUAAAAAAGUGAGGUUUUUAAAAUGGUGUGCUCACGUUGCAGAAAAGUUGGAGUUAACAAUACAAAAUUGAGAACUAUCUUUGAAAAGUAUAGAAUUUCUAUUGACAGGGACUUGGUGAAUAGUGGGAAAAUAAAAAUUGUUGAAAGAAGAAGUGGACAAAUAAUGGAUGAAAUUGAAUUCCUAGGACCUGUAUAUUGUCAAGGAGAGCCAAACUCAGGAAAAGUUUGUGGAAAUCCUUUGGGUCAAAUGAUCAAGUAUGAAAAAGUUCAUUACUUUGCUGUUGGCAUAAAGAAUUUUGGAUUUUAUUUGGGUGACAAUCAAGAUUUGCGUCUGUUUAAGAAAUGGAAGCAAGUGCCAUAUGUUAUAGAGGAACUCACCUUGGAUGAUACUAAAAACUACCUUUUGGAAAGAGAGGAUAACUUCACAAAUGAUAUCAGUGAUGACUCUGAUAGCAGUGACAGUGAUGAUGGCUCAAAUCAAGGAGCUUAUGCUCCACCCAUAAAAAAACACACACUGAAUGUUGAGGCUUCUUUAGUAGAAGAUGCUGUUCACAGAACACAAGUUAAAACAGUUUAUUCAAAUACAGAGAUACACUUUGCCAAAAGCAUCAAUAGGCCAGAAAAUGAGGCACCUCAAAGAUUUCAAGAUUGUUUUGACACAAGCACAUUGUCUUCCAUUAGUGGCCCUAUUCACUUGCUUGACUCAUCCAGUUCAAUAGCAACAGCAGAAUAUAGUAGCGAGAGCACUAAUUUGUCUGAACAUUUUUAAUACAAAUAAAAUUCUGCACUUUUAAAAACUAUGGCAAAACAAUUUCCAAGUAAAAUUAAUGUAUAUACUAAAUUUAAAAAAAAUAAAAAGACUUCUUUAGUCAUUAUGAAAUAUGCUCAUAUUUUAUUUCAAAUUUGAAAAAAAAAUGCAUGCUGCAUACGUGUAAAACAAAAUUGAAAAAAUUAUCAAAAAUAAAAACAAUUAACAAAGUUUGAAUCUUACAAAGCACAAAAUGUUUCUAAAAUUAUCUUUCUAAAUUAAAUUUAAUGGCUAUAAACAUAUCCAAAUAGUAUAGUAAAACAAGUAACUUUGUAGUGUUAUCUUUGUUAAAAAUUAUUAAAUAGAACUGAAUUUGGUUUUUUUUCUGAUUUAUACAAACACAAACUUAAAUUAUCUAAGUAUUUAAAAUAUAUAUGAUGUAAUGUUAAUAUUAAUUUAUGUGUUAAAUAAUUAACUAAAUGCACUCUUUGUAUAGAUAAAUGUUCUUAAACUUCUCAUGGCAAUAAUUUUAAUUAUCCUGGUGAUAUUUGCUUCCUAAGAUAAAAAUCUAUGUUGUGGCUUAAAACUGUUUUUAAAAAAAACAUUGCUUUCUUAAAUAUCUUUUUUUGAUGUUUUUGUACAGUACUUUAUAUUUUAUCAUCUCUACUACUUUAAGAAAAGGUCUAUUAAUAGUAUCACUCUUUUAUAUACUAUUAUUUUAAAAAUAAAGUGGAUAACUUUUAAAAUUGUAGCUACACUGUUGUGUUUUUUAUUGUUUCAAUGAAGUUUUAAAAGUUCUGGUUAGGGAUUAUAGUUGAAAAAUACUUCAAAAGCUUUAAUUUAUGUUUUACCUUUGAAUGUUGAUUAUGCUAUUUAUAUUUUAAUGUAUUUAUUAACAAAAUGGUUGUAUUAUACCUGGCAUUCAACAUACACAUAUGAUUAGUAUUUAGUAUAAGAAUGUUAGUGCUUGUUUGUAUACUGUGACUGUGUAACAAAAAGACUAUUCAAAAUGGUGAUUAAAUUAUAAACUUGGUGCCUUA